AUGAUGCAGGCAUCAGCAGAUGGAGAAGAUAUAAGCCCUGAAAAUGGCCGUUGCAGUGCAGCUGAUAUUUCCGACCCGCCCACAGAACUGUUGAGCGCAGCCAAAGAAAGCGCCUUCUCUGAUUCUUCAGAUGCCGAUUCAACAAUGGAAAAAAAACCUACAGAUGACACUUCCCAUAAUGAUGGAUGUGCUAAUGGAGUUGAACAGGACUUACUCCAUCAAUCAUUAGGCACUGGGGCUGGCGCGCAGACAUCGAUGUCAUAUCGCGAUUACGUUGUGAAGCGUAAAAAAAUUCCACAACAGCAACCAGUGGGGUGGGAGCCAUUUGCUCUUCCACCGCUUUACGGUGACGAAGAGGAUGAAUUUGAUGUUGCAACGUUGCGGGAUCCGGUUUUCAGUAGCGUGGCGGAGGAAUCGCCUGAAGUCGAAUUUGUGAAUGGUACGCCAACCCUAAAGGGCGAAAUCAUAUCGUGUUUUCAGGAACCCGGGAUUCUCUACCGCAUAGUUGAUCGGCAGGAGAAGAUUUGGGCAUUUUAUAAUGACACACUCGACUUUGAAGUGCUUGUUUCGUGUUCGUUCAGCAAGUACUCAAAUAUGGAGGCAUUGGGGAAAACUAAAUUAAGGACCGAUGAGGAUGGCGUUACAGUAGCGGAGGUCGUCGUUUAUCCCACAGAGACGGAGUUAUUUGUUAAGGGUCUUAUAAAUGGUUUCAAUAGCAAGUUCAGUGCCAUACCUCUUUCUGAUACAUAUUUAUGCGAGCGGCGUGAUACUAACUACCGAAACGUAAUCGAGGUGGAGCUAAUGGGAGUGAAGGAGCAUGUUGGAAACCAAUGUGAUGCGGCGAAGGUUUUGGCAACAUGCGUGAAGUAUAACACACCAUUUGUUGAUUUAGAAUUUUUGCCACAGCAGUCAUCCAUCUCCAACAAUAACCACAAGGAUUUACGUCCCCUUCCCUGGUCACGCCCGCGCAUGUACGUCAACCCAUGGAUGGUGGAUCAGAUUCGACUGUUUCGCAACCCCAUUAUUCCAGGUGAUGUGCGGCAUGGUGAACUUGGUGACUGUUGGCUCAUGUGUGCCAUAGCGACAAUGGCUGAGAUGCCUGAAGAACUCGUGCGCAUGUUUCGGCACCCUUUCAGUGCGGCGAGGGCGAGAGAUGAGCGUGCGGUUGGGGGAUACCGUCUGACGGUUAAUAAAAAUGGUUUGUGGAACAGCGUUAUUGUGGACGAUUACCUCCCGUCUGUUGCAGGGGUGCCAAGGUUCGGUAGAAGCACUGACCCCUGUGAGUUGUGGCCUGCCAUCCUUGAGAAGGCAUAUGCAAAGUUACACGGCUGCUAUGCUAAGAUACGCUCUGGGGAUCCUGUUCAUGCACUCACAGACAUGAGCGGAUGCCCCACCAUGCGGCUCGAUGAGGAGUUUGCCACUACAUUCCGCGAUGGUGGGAAGAAACUGUUCGAGCUACUGCAACGCUGCCACAAAAGUGGAUACCAGAUUAUACUAACCACAGCCGGAGGUUCCCGCGCCGUUGUAACGGAUAAAAAUGAAGCUACAACCCCCCAAAGCAACCGCACUGAUGCAAAAAGUUUAAUGGAUGAAACGGGCCUCGUCCCUGGUUAUGCCUACACGGUCAGAGCAGUGCAUGGAUUUACCCAAGCUCUCGAUUUACAACUUGUGAGGGUUCGAAACGUGUGGGGAAAAUGUGCAAAUUGGAAAGGUCCGUGGUCUGUGGGAAGCAGUGAGUGGAGCAAAUAUCCGGAUAUCGCUGAGGCAUGUAACUAUCAGCAGCACGAAGAAACUGACGUGUGGAUGGACUGGCGGACUGCACUCAAAUAUUUCAACGGUGGUGGUGUUCAUUUCUACGAGGCCGGUUAUGAUUAUCGGGUGCCACUCGUGUUCAACGACUGCAGACCUUCUCUUGCUCUAGAAGUGAGUGUGGUUAAACCCAUGCGAGUUUGUUUUAUUCUCUCUACUGUUGACUAUCGAGUUUUAUCAGAUGAUGCCAACACCGGUGCCGAUCAGUAUAAUUAUCCACCAAUGAUGAUUUCUUUAUCCUCUGCAGCUGGGCAAGAAGAUGGAAGGCAUCGAGUAAUUCUAAACACCACCAUGAACGCUGCAGAGCCAUCAGCAGAAGAGUGGACCUUUGUGAGGGCACGGGAGAUUGGAAUGUUUUGUCAUUUGACACCAGAACAAUCACCUUACCUCGUCAUUCCCCGUAUGGCGGAGUUGGAGGACACCAUGAGCGGCAGCAAAGCGUGGUUUACGCAUCUAAGGGAUAAAGUUAACCCCUCACAUUUCGCCAAUGUUGUGAAGAAAAAAAAGGCUAAUAAAACGGGUGGUGAAGGAGGCGUAGCAGAGAUUCCGGUGGUUCUCGGUGUUCGUUGCUCGGAACCUCUCGCUUACGAGGAUGGGUGUGGUGCUGGUGUCGACUUCAAAUAUAUUAGUGGUGACAAUGUGGUUUUUGAGAACUUCCCUCGAUUUCCCAACAACUCCAUUCCAGUGGAGGAGGUACUUCACCAGAAAUGGGUCCCCGUUCAAGGACUAGUGGAAGAGUUAGUUGGUUCCUCUUUUUCCUAA